AUGCUUUCUAAUGGAUUGAAAAUUGACCAAGAGAAAAAAUUUUUUAUUUUAAUAAUAAUAAUAAUAAAUAAUAAUAAUAAUAAUAAUAAUAAUAAUAAUAAUAAUAAUAAUAAUAAUAAUAAUAAUAAUAAUAAUAAUAAUAAUAAUAAUAAUAAUAAUAAUAAAAAUAAUAAAAAUAAUAAUAAAAAUAAUGAUUGA